AUGCCAGAUGAAUAUGUCAUGUGCAGGUACUUUAAGGAACUGUUUGACAAAGAAAAGACCAAACUGAAGGAGAAGCUUGCCACUUUGCACAGUCGGGUUUGCUUGAGUGCUUAUGUGUGGCACUACGAUUUGCUCUCAGCGUUCUUAUGCCUGAGCGUUCAUUACAUUGAUGAUGAAUGGGAGAAGCAGAAAAAUAUCAUCAAAUUUCGUGCCGUCGAUCCUUCCUGCAGUGGAGAGGAAUUGAGCCAGUCUAUACUGUAUGCUAUUCACGAUUGGGGUCUUCGUGACAAGGUUUUCAGCAUUAUACUGGACGAUGCAUUUCUGGAUGAUUCAGUUACUUCGGAUGUCAAAGCUCGUCUCCAAAAAUGGAACCUUCGCUCGGCUAAUCGGAGCGUGUCUACAUCUGUAAAUCAGAGCUUGUUUGUGAUAAAGUAUGCAACUCAUCUAGUUAAACAUGUCAUACAGGUUGGCAAGGAUGAACUUGAGAAAGUCACGCAGAAGUCAACAAAGUGUUCUCAGCAUGCAAAGGGCCACAUUCCUUCAGUAGUACAUUAUCCGAACCACAGAUAUGCACCGUCACCAGGAGGCUGGAAAAAUGCAAAGAAGAUUUGUAAGGUCAUGGAAGAUCUGCAACGACACAUGGAUGAAAUACACAAUUGUUGCAAUCCAGCUGACCUGUUUGACAAGGUGUGGGAUGUUAAGGAACUUUUGCAUCGUGAUGCUGAAUCCUAUAUCUGGGGAGAUAGUAAAAUUUCCAAAGAGCUGGAGAAGAUGCAAGAAAAGUUUAAGGAGCAGUGGAAACUCUGUUGCUUAAAUAUCUGCAUGCCUAUGAUCAUGGAUCCUUCAUACCGUUUGGAACGCAUCAAGUCCCGUCUCCGGUCUGAUGCAGGCAAUUAUCAUCUGGAGAAGCGGAGUUUUGAAGAUGAUAUGGAAGAUUAUAUUGAAGAAGUGCAUGCCAUAUUGCUCAACCUCUAUUGUGAAUAUUCUGAUCCGGUGGAAGACACUAGCUGCACUUCUGGAUCUAAAGCUAGAAAAAGAACUCUUGGGGAGGGACGUGAUACACUGAUGGACUAUUACCAAGCCGCCAAAUGUCCGUACAGUGAGCGACCGAUGACAGAACUUGAUCAGUACAUGCAGGAGCCAGGUCUCUCUGCAGAUGAGUCCAGUGUUCUCCAAUGGUGGAAGGAACAUAACCUGACUUAUCCUACAAUUGCUCGGAUGGCACGUGAUAUAUUGGCCGUGCCACUCAGUGUAGACUGCAGCGUAGCAAUAAAGACUGCGAGGCGCACAAUUUGCGAGUCUAGUAGCCUGUGGCGUGAAGAAGUUGUGUGUGUUCAGGACUGGCUCGGAUCAGAUGGAUUCAAAUACGAGAUAUUGCGCAGACAGGGAGUUCCUUUUUGA